AUGCCUCGAGGUCAAAAGAGUAAGCUAAAUGUUCGAGGGGCACACCGCCAAGCCAGAAAUUAUGCUCAGGCUUUUGAAGAUGCUAAGGAAACAGUAGAGCCAACAGAAGAGUCUUCUUCUGAAUCAGGUGAUACCUUGGAGGUGCCAGAAAGGCAAUCAGUGUCCACCAUGAAUAUUAAUGUCUUUUCUAUAUUAGAUGGCCGUUCUAUUGAUCUUGGUGAUGCCGAAAGUCAUUUUAGGAAUUACCACACCAUUAAUAACCAAGAUCUUCUAGCCAGAAAGGCCCUAGUGCUAGUGCAGAUUCUCCUUAAAAACUACAAAAUAAAGCAGCUUACCACAAUGGAAGAUAUGAUGCAGGUUAUUGAUAAGGAGGAAAUCAAUGACUUCCCUGAGAUGCUCCGGAAAGCUGCUGAGAGGCUUGCUGAUGUCUUUGCUGUUGAACUGAGGGAAGUUGAAUCAAGCCGGCGGGUGUAUGAUCUUAUCAGUAAGCUGAAACUACCCAACAAUGGGAGGGUUCGUGCUGGCCAGGGCUUUCCGAAGACGGGUUUCCUGAUGACUGUACUGGGCAUAAUAUUCAUGAGUGGCAACUGUGCCCGAGAAGAAGACAUCUGGAGAACACUAAGAUAUAUGGGUGUGUAUUCUGGAAAGAAGCACCAAAUCUAUGGAGAGCCCCGGAAGCUCAUCACUCAAAAUUUUGUGAAGCUAAAGUAUUUGGAGUACCGGCAGGUCGCCAACAGUAAUCCUCCACAAUAUGAGUUCCUGUGGGGUCCCAAAGCAUAUGCUGAAACCAACAAGAUGACCAUCCUAAAGUUUGUGGCUAAGGUCAAUGAUAUCCCCCCUAGUUACUUCCCAGAUCUUUAUGAAGAAGCUUUAAAAGAUGAUCAAGGGAAGAAUCAAAGCAACCGUAAUGUGAGCUCUGCCUUUUGUCCCAAAGCUAGGGCAUUUACAUUUGUGAUGUGUCCAGGGCUUGCUUGCUUCCCUGCCCAAGUUCAAAGAAAAAAGAUAUAG